AUGGCUGACCUCGAAGCUCAGAAUCGCCACCCCCAAAUUUCUCCUCCCAUUUUUGCUCGAGCCAAUAUUCCCCUCACUCUCAAGUUUGAUGAGGUUGUGUACAAGAUCAGAAUCCAGCCGGCGGGAGGCUUGUUUAAGAAGAAAACAAAAUCAGAAAAGAGGGUAAUAUUAAACGGAGUCUCGGGCAGCGUUUUUCCCGGUGAAAUGCUGGCAAUGCUGGGGCCCUCGGGCAGUGGCAAGACAACGCUGCUGACGGCCCUCGGCGGCCGGCUAGGGGGCGACCUCACCGGCAACAUUACCUACAAUGACAGGCCGUUCUCCAACGCGAUGAAGCGCAAUAUCGGCUUUGUCACCCAAGACGACGUGCUCUACCCUAACCUGACCGUCACAGAGACGCUAGUCUACACUGCCCUACUGCGCCUGCCCCAUUCCUUCACCAAGGCCGAGAAGGCUGAGCACGCGGAGGCUGUGAUAGCGCACCUCGGGCUGACGAGGUGCAGGAAUAGCAUCAUAGGAGGGCCAUUCCUUAGGGGGGUGUCCGGGGGCGAGAGGAAACGCGUCAGCAUUGGGCAGGAGAUGCUUAUUAACCCGAGCUUGUUGUUUCUUGAUGAGCCUACAUCUGGUUUAGACUCCACCACCGCGCAGAAGAUCGUGUCUACGCUGUGGGAGCUGGCGAAUGGGGCCCGCACGGUCGUGAUGACCAUUCACCAGCCCUCGAGCAGGCUGUUUUACAUGUUUCACAAGGUUCUCUUGAUGUCGGAAGGGAACCCUUUGUACUUCGGCAAAGGAGCUGAUGUUUUGACCUAUUUUUCGAGUGUUGGCUUUUCGCUUAGUGUUGCCAUGAAUCCGGCUGAUUUCUUGCUUGAUCUUGCCAAUGGUUGGUGUAAUUCCUUGUUUUUCUUUCUUGAUCUUGCUUCAGUACUUGAAUCUAUUGCUUUUUUUUUCGUAGGAGUUGCAACGGCAGAUACGAAUGAAGAUCAAGAAGCGGUAAAGCAGAGUUUGGUGAAAGCUUAUAAAACACAACUAUCAAAGGUUGUGAAGAUGGAGCUUGCUGUGGAUGGCAGUCUUCACACUUCAUCAAAUGAUAGGAUGCUCAAGGGUUGGUCAAAUACAUGGUUGGAUCAAUUCUCAGUCUUGCUUAGGAGAGGAAUCAAAGAAAGAAAACACCAGUUUUUCUCAACAAUCAAGAUUGUACAAGUUUUGAUAGUUGCUUUUUUAAUUGGAAUCUAUUGGUGGCAGUCCACCAUCAAUCACUUGCAAGACCAGGUCGGGCUCUUAUUCUUCAUCUCAAAUUUUUGGGGGUUAUACCCCCUAUUCCAGGCCCUCUUUACUAUCCCUAAAGAACGCAUGAUGCUAACGAAAGAGAGGACCUCAGGCAUGUACCGUCUCUCCUCGUUCUUCAUGGCCCUAACCAUAGGCGACCUACCCAUGGAGCUAGUCCUCCCCACCGUCUUCUAUGCCAUAGUCUAUUGGAUGGCAGGCCUCAAGCCUACUGCCGGGGCCUUCUUCUCAGGCCUGUUUGUGAUCCUCUACAACGUGUUGAUCUCCCAGGGACUUGGGCUGGCUAUUGGGGCUGUGGUGAUGGACCAACAGACAGCCACUACAUUUGGGUCCGUGAUCAUGUUAGCCUUCGGCUUGGGCAGUGGCUUUUAUGUGCAGCACGUCCCCGUCUUCAUAGCUUGGGUCAAGUACAUUUCGAUCAACCAAUACUCACUCAAGCUUCUGCUAGCGUCACAGUACAAGUAUGAUCAGACCUACGAUUGUGGUAUGAAUAAGACUUGCCUUGUCAGGGAUUUUCCCUCGGUAAAAUCGGUGGGGAUUAGCACGUCAGGGACCAUUUUGUCAGUGGGUGCCAUGGCUGUGAUGCUUGUGUUCUACAGACUUGUAACUUAUCUUGCUCUCAUGAGAGUUGGUGUCACCAGAAAUUAGGCCUCUUUUUUUAAGGAAUCACAGUUGCAUUAACAUCAAGCCUUUCAGAAGUGCUGAUUUGAAUAAAUAAAUACAUUUUUUGUUA